CGACGAUGUUGUUGCUCCUUGGGAUGUCACAUGAGUCAGCAAACAACGCUAGACACUUGCGUUGAAAAGAGUUCCGACCAAUCGGAGCGCAGGGUGAGCGCGCCCAAUGAGAGAGAGAGAGAGAGAGAGAGAGAGAGAGAAGUGAACUGACGCGAAUACUGUGCUGUGAUUGGAUCUUUACUGACCAAUCCGGAGGCACAGGUGGGCCGGUCUGCACUAGGCGGGGCUUGGGGCUUCAGUCGACACCUGCGCAGGAGAGGCAAGGAUGGGCGAAGUGGAGAUCUCACCCCGGGCAUACGUCAAGAUGUGCCUGCAUGCGGCCCGCUACCCCCACGUGGCAGUGAACGGAGUCCUCCUGGCCCAGAGGCGCCGGCCAGCUGCUGGUCAACCAGAAUGCCUCUACGUCACAGACUGUGUCCCCCUUUUCCACAGCAACCUGUCCCUCACCGUGAUGCUGGAGGUGGCCCUGAACCAGGUGGACAUUUGGAGCUCAGAGUCUGAUUUGCUCCUCGCUGGCUAUUAUCAGGCCAACUCUGGCAUUGAUGACAAAAGCCCUUCCACCCUGGCACAAAAGACCGCUGGGCGCAUUGCUGAACUCUGUGACGAGGCGGUGCUGAUCAUGUUGGAUAACCGCAAGUUUACGAUACAUCCUCAGCUUCCUCCAAUAACUGUCUUGGAGCAGAAGGAUUGUCAGUGGGUUCCUAAAGACAAGAACCUGGUCAUGUGGACCGACUGGGAAUCCUCUCGACACAUUUGCAAGUCUCUCCUGGAGGCCAAAGUUUAUUCCCAAUUGGUUGACUUUGACAGCCACCUGGAUGACAUCAGACAAGACUGGACCAAUCAGCAACUGAAUACGGAAAUCGCCCAGUUGGUGUCCGUCGCCAAUGGCAGCGCGUGAAGGAGAGCAGAUUUGCCGUUGUCUUCCAUGGCCCCCUCCAGCACUUGGUUCGUCAGGGACAUCCAGAACGUUGGACGAGUCCAGAUAGCAGCUAGGACCGUGUGACCGGAGCCCCGCCCCUUUUUAUGGCAUGGCCGCCAUCUUGACUUUUUUGCCCUCCCCGUCCCCCAGGUAAAUGCCUCUCCUCGUGAACAGAACGGAUGGAUUUGCAACUGGUCUCUUUAUUUAUUCCACCUUUGGAAAAGAUUUACCCCAAAUGUUCUUGUGUGAAAAAGAAAGGGGGGGGUUACCGCACCCCCGCCCGUUUUAUCCAGCGGAUAAUUUCAGACGAUCUCUACCAUCCGUGCUGCUAGAUUUUAUAUUUAUCAAGCCUGCGUUUGUAAACGCUUCUAACCCCAAGGGAGAAGCGCUGCGGCAUUUCUUAGCUUAAGACCUGAAUUAAAUGUUCCCCUCGACGUG